GAUAGGUGAGUACAUGUCAAUUCUAAUAAUGAAAAUAUGUAUUUUGAAUCUCCAACAUAUUUCUUUCCGCAACCAGUCAUUAAAAGCCGACAAGAAAGCUCAUGGCUGACCGCAUCCUACCACAAAGAAAUAGAACAACACAAAGAUACAAAAGACGAAGAAAUACAGACCAGUCUAGAUCUGGAGGAUAAAGUUAGACUUCAAAAGUCACUAGAAAUUCUAGAAGUGACUGACGUAGAAAUAUCGAAAGAUAUUGAAGUGAGAUUCGAGAAGGCGAUAGAGCUGGAAGUCAACGAAAAUUUUGACGCCAAAGACCUGUUUGAGCCGUUGAACGCAGCUGUUGCUGAACAAAUCGAACAACUGAUCGCCAAACUCAACGAUUGUGUUGAGAAAAAUUAGUACGUAAAUAGUAUUUGAGUGUAAAGCACUGUUUGGCAUAGGAAAGGCACAUAAUAUUUGUUGCUUAAAUGAACUUAUUAAAUUGGGUAAUAUUGCUUCUCAUAUUUUUCUAGCAGAAAGCGUUGGAUAGAAAUUGUUUAGGAGGUACUAGGAAGGUUUUUGUGUAACAUUUUAUCACACAGUAUGAAGUUUUUGGCACGUGUUGGUGAACAAAAUGUAGUCAUAGUUUGUCGAGUUUGCUACGAAUAUUUAAGAAAUACCGACACAAGCAUUAAAGGUUCUUAGACAUUGUUUGGUGAGGUCUUUAGGUAGAAGGUCUUAUGUAGACAUUUGGGAAACAAGGCACAAUUUGGGACUUUUAAUCUGAAAGAGUUUUUACUUUACAAGAUUGUAGGUUUUAGAUUGGUCCCAAAAAACAAGGAAUUUGCUUUAUUCAUUUCAACAUGUAGUAUCAGUGUUACAUGUUGUAUUUGUUUUAUAAUUUGUAACCAAAGAGAUUAAAAUACCGUUUUGGUGAUCUCUCAGGUGGGAAUUUGGUGUAAAGCAUCUAUCUACGGUGUUUCGUUUUAAACUCCUUGAUUACUACUACAUAUCAGUUAAGUUACACAUUACA